GCCAAACUCAAAAUCCAAACAAGCGAAGAAGCAGAAGCAAGACGAAGAGGAAGGAGGAAGGAUACGAGACACGACCAACCAACCAACAUGCCGUUGAAGCUCUACAUCAGCUCCAUCUCGAGCAACCUCGAGACCAAGAAGCACAUCCAGAAGAUGCAGAUGACUCUUGAUGGCAAGCACAUCCCGUAUGAAACCAUCGAUGUCGCAAGACAACAAGGGGCCCUGAAGCAGAUGCGAGAGCUCAUGGGCGACGACAAGGCGCUCGUGCCACAGAUUUUCAAGGAUGACAAGCACCUGGGGGGCUUUGACGAGUUUAUGCAAGCCAUCGAAGAUGAACAACUGUCGGAGUUCCUCGGGCUCUGAGCUCAUGCCUCCCUCACCUCCAUAGACACACACGCAGACACACGAACACACGGUGGCAUUGACCCACUUGCGUGCAUUUAUUUCUUCUUUGAUUCCUUCAUGGCACGGUGUAAACGCACAACAACACAGAACACAAACAUGGUGCGCACAUCGAAUCAACGUAUAAGCGUCAGGGAACGGGCAAAAGUGAGGCAGGCGCUAAGAUACAAACAGUCAUAC